GUUACAGGUCAAAAGAAGAAGAAGGAGAAAUCUCGUCCCCUGUGACAUCAAGAUCAAGACCACCGAAGUAAACAGGCGGCGGCUGAGGCUCCGUGGCCUGAAAACCCUACUGUGACCUUAAAACACUGAAGACGACGACUCCAGCAGCCCUCAGAGACCUUUAGGAUGACAUGAAGUAAUCGUCAAAUGAUUAGAGUGACAAGAAAGUGAAAAUAAGAUUGAAGAGACUGUUUGGUUAAGUUUAAAGGUGAUUUAGGAAACACACACACACACACACACACACACACACACACACACUUCAAUACACUCAUAGGUUCAUAAAACACUGUCAUGGCUUCCUUAUAUAGAACAUCUCGCUUUAAAAUAUGCAGUAGUCUCUUCUACAUAAACUCACCUCCUAACACACUCUCCUCCUACUCUCAAGCAUUCUCCUCCACCCACAAGUCACCCUCCCACUGUCAUGCCUCACCCUCUUCCACCCAUCACACACCCUUUUCUGCUUACCCACCAACCUGCUCCACAUCUAUAUAUAGCCCUCACAAUGCCUCUUCUGUCUUCCUCAUCCACUACUUAUCCACACUCACCCACAAGAAGCAGUUUUCCACCCACACAUCCUCACACACCCACCACACACCCUCGCCCACUCACUGCACACCCUCACCCGGCCAAUACACACUCUUAUCUCUACCGCCCCAUUACACCACGUCUGGCAGUGUUUACGUCCACUACCCCUACUGCCGCCAACGCUGCUCCUACUGUAAUUUUGUCAAGUUCGUUCCGCGCCCAAACACACCUUGGAGUCUGGGGGUUACUGUGCUGGAAGAUGCCCUGGCGGGUGAGGUGCGGCAUUCCCUCCGGCAUUCCCACAUCACCCGGGUGCCGUCGGUCUUCUUUGGGGGCGGCACUCCCUCCCUGGCCCGGCCCAACAUGGUGGAGAAAGUGCUGCAGGCCAUCCAGGUGUCAGGUCAUCUGGGCGAGGAGGCAGAGGUCAGCCUGGAGGUCAACCCAACUGCCUUAGAGACCCACACGCUUGAGGGCUUUAGGGCAGCAGGGGUCAACAGAGUGUCCAUUGGUGUGCAGAGCUUUGACGCAGCCACACUGAGUCUCCUGAACCGGGACCACAGCGCGGGUGAGGCUCGGAGGUGUGUGGAGGCAGCCCAGCGCCUCUUCCCAGGGAGGGUGUCUCUGGAUCUCAUGUUUGGGCUGCCUGACCAGAGUGUGGAGAGGUGGAGGAGGGAGGUGGAGGAGGCAGUGGGCCUCUGUGGCAACCAUCUGUCUUUGUACCAGCUGACUCUUGAGCGGGGAACAGCUCUGUGGCACCAAGUGAAGGCUGGCGAGGUGAGGUUGCCAGGGCCAGACGAGAUGGCUGACCUGUAUGAGGUGGCAGUGCAGGUGUUGAGUGAGGCUGGACUACACAGGUACGAGGUGUCAAACUUUGCGCAUCAUCCCCAAGCCGAGAGUGUGCACAAUAAGGGGUACUGGCAGGGGCAGCAGUACCUCGGUGCCGGCCCUGGCGCUCACAGCAGGGUGGUGCCACGGUUCCCAGACAACAUACAAGAACCAGAAGACAAGUCACACAUCAACACCACGCCCCAAGAGGUGAUCCGAGAGGCAAGAGUCAACGCCGCUGACCCUGCUAGCUGGCUACAUGAGACUCAAACGAAGGGAAACGGCACCCGCAAGAAAGAGUGCCAGACUAGACUUGAGGUAGCGGCAGAAUAUCUCGCCUCAGGGUUACGGACGAGGGAAGGAGUGACGGAGGGCCAGUGGGGUGUCUUCAUGCCACAGGCACCCUUGGCGGAGGUGUUUGGGGGUGAGCUGGGGUGGCUGGAGGAUGCUAGCCUGGUGUGUUUAUCCCCCAAGGGCCUGAGGGCUACAGAGAAGGGACUGGGUGUACUGGAUGCCUUCCUCCCCCACUUGUAUAACAUCCUCCAUCAACACCUUACUUGAUGUCCUUCUGAGAGGUACAAGACCAGGUGAUUAAUCAAUAGCUAGAGACAACAAGACCCCUACUACCUUCCCUCACCUCCUGGAAUGCAUAAGGCCAGGAGUGAGAGCUGUGGUUGCCAUCACUCUACUUUUUUUUGAGAGGGUCCGAAGAUGCUGGUCUGUGUUGCCUGUGGUCUUCUGUUGGCAGCCCUCCACUCUGCUUGGUCCUUAGCCGCUGCAGGAUCCUGUAUUGGGGUAACUUUUAAGCUUUUGUUUCCUUUCUCUCCUUCCUUCCUCUCAGCUUUUUGUUCUUUCUAUCUUUUUCUUCAUUUGUCCCUUCUAUUCUUCCUUCCCUUCGAUUCCUCCUCCUCUUUCUGUCUUUUACUUCCAUUCUCUUUUAUCUCUUUCCAUAUUGCUUUACCAGUCUUUCCUUCACAUUUCUUUUCUUUCUCUUUCUAACUUUCCUUCUUUCUUGAAUUUUUUUCCUUCCCUUUUCACUCCUUCCCCUGCACUAUGGAAGCAAGACCCAUCACUUCUCUUUUUGAAUCUUUAUUAACGUAAAAACAAUCAUACAGACAUAAGAUGAGGUUACAGCAUAUGUUUAUUUAUAAUUUAUCCUUCACAAGUAGGUAGGUAGGUAGUAGUGGUAGGAGGAGAGGUACAGGGGGGAGGGAGACAUACAGCUGUUCAUGAUAUAAAACUUUGACUCGGCCACUUAAUAACAUCACAUGAGAUACACUUGGGAUCCAGAUGUGCUGUGUGUGUGUGUGUGUGUGUGGUGCUGAGGACGCUAAACAUGGCUCAUCGCACGCCACAUGACAACACAGCACCCUGGUCUAUCACUAUAUUUAUGCCCCAAGGCUCCUGUAGUAGUAUAGUUUGAAAGCUACAUAAUACAAUAUGGUGUUGGCUGUUGUGGUGGUGGUAGUGAUGAGGAGAGCAUUGUAUUCAUAAAUCUAACCAACGGCAUCAAUUCUCAUACCCUAGAGGAAAGAAUCAUGCUGGGAAAUGUAUCUUUCAUCUUGGUAAUGUCAUUGUAAUCUCUUUUGUGUUGUCACAAUACACUUCUGUGGAAUAAUGGCAGCAGUAAUAAUAUCACCUGGCAUGCAUGAUGAUGAUUUGGAUGCGUAGAAUCAUUGCCGUGGGUUGAGAACUGACAAUAGCACGUGAGGAGUUUCAGAUCAACAAACUGACUAAUUGACAUGAUGUUAUGGAGAUGAAUGUGUAGAAUCAGCACUGGAAUGAAGAACUGAUAGCAACAUUAAUUUUCUAGUACUGACUGACUGAUGAUUUCUUGUGAACAUGACUGU